AGAAAAAGAAAACCAAUUCCAAUUUCCAUACGCAGCUUUUCUCUCUGAGGUAAGCUCUUUUCUCUCUGUCUGAAAUUAGGGUCUUUCAUUGUUUCUUUUCCUUCUUCCGCUCUGUAAUUCCCAAGAUUUUUAGGAGACUAUCUAAUAAUCUAGGGCUUGUCCGUACUCGAAGUCCAUCUAGGGUUUGCAUUUUCCGGAAAUCGUGGGUUUUCUCCUCUUCAGUUAACUGAAUUUCCACACAGAAAUCGAUUUAGGGUCUUUUAUUUUUUUUUUUGUAUUUAUUAGAAAAUUCCACUGUUUGGACUUCAGUGCCUCGGUUUAUAUAGCUCUUGGAAAAUAAGGGAAUUCUAUAGAAAUCUGCAUUUUUAUUUAUUGAAUUUCUGAAAAGUUCUGUCAUUGAAGCAUUAUCCAAUUAUAAAAAAAUUAGAGCUUUGAGAUUGAAGUUGGGAAGAAAAUGCAAAAUUUGGAUUAAAUUCAGGUGGUGGCAGUGGUAUUUAGGUUAGGAAAAUUCGAUUCUUAUUGUGUUGAUGUUGGAGUUAGUGUGAGUAGCCAUGGCUUCUCUUGCUUCCCUGGCGACACUGGGAAGUGCGAGGCCAAACCCGUCUGUCUCCUUCGAUGGUUCUCCAGCAGUAAUUCGGAGAUUUUCGUUAGUUAAGGGAGUUGGUUUUAGUAGUUCCUUGGGUGGGCGGAAGUGGGGUUGCACAUCGGUCUGUAGAUGUACGAUAACGACAGAAUUGAUCGCUGAGUUGGAGAAUUCAGCUUCCUCAGAAUCUACUGCGUUUAGGGGGAGCAAAGACGAUGACGCAGAUCUCAUCCUGAAGCCCUCUCCCAGGCCUGUCUUAAAGGCCCGACCAAAGGCUGAAGUUUCAAUUCCAUGGGCCCCAGCAAAGCCCGUUAGGGAUUCUCCAGGUGAUAAGACAGAGAUUGUGGAGGACAAGGAUAGGGUGAUUGAGUCGCUUGGGGAGGUCUUGGAGAAGGCGGAGAAGUUGGAAGCUGUGAAUUUGAGAAAAUUGGAUAGUAAAGAGAGUAGUAGUAGCAGUGUCAAUGGUAAGUCAGCAUCAGUUAUAAAUGCUAACUCUAGAGUAGGUAGAACCGUGAAUCCAAAGGUGGCCUCGAAGUCUAAAACAUUGAAGAAUGUUUGGACAAAGGGUGACCCAGUUGCAAGCACAAAGAAGGUUGUUAAAGAGGUGCCUAAGGUUGAGAAAGAGGGCUUCAAGACAGAUGGGGCAGAGAAAGCAGAAAUUCAACCUCGUAUUCCUCAGCCACCUUCAAAGGUGCAGCCAAGGCUUCAAGCAAAACCUGCUGUAGCUGUUCCUCCUGUAGUUAAGAAACCUGUGAUUUUGAAGGAUGUGGGUGCUGCUCCAAGGGCCUCAGUUUCUGAGGGCACAGAUGCCGAGCCGCAAACAAGAGAACGGAAGCCAAUUCUCAUAGACAAAUUUGCUUCCAAGAAGCCAGUUGUUGAUCCUUUGCUGGCACAAGCCGUUUUGGCUCCACCAAAACCGGUGAAAAGCUCUGUCAUCUCAAAGAUUAAAGAUGAGCGUCGCAAGAAAGCUGGUGCAACUGGGGGUCUGCGGAGGCGAUUGGUCAAUGAUGACAAGAUCCCCGACGAGGAGCUUAGUGAUGUCUCUAUUCCUGGAGCACCAGGGGUGAGGAAAGGCAGAAAGUGGAGUAAGGCGAGUCGCAAGGCAGCUAGACUGCAGGCAGCUAAGGAUGCAGCUCCUGUUAAAGUGGAAAUUCUUGAGGUGGGGGAAGAAGGAAUGUUGACAGAGGACCUGGCUUACAACUUAGCUGUCAGCGAAGCCGAUAUUUUUUCUUAUCUGUUCUCUAAGGGGAUUAAGUCCGAUGCAGUGUAUACAUUGGACAAAGACAUGGUCAAAAUGAUAUGUAAGGAAUAUGAUGUGGAAGUCAUAGAAACUACUGCUGUUAAAGUAGAAGAUAUGGCAAGAAAGAAGGAAGUUCUUGAUGAGGAGGACUUGGACAUGCUAGAAGAUAGGCCUCCAGUUCUUACGAUAAUGGGUCAUGUCGAUCAUGGAAAGACGACUCUUUUGGAUUACAUUCGCAAAAGCAAGGUGGUUGCAUCUGAAGCAGGUGGGAUAACACAAGGAAUUGGGGCAUAUAAGGUGCAUGUUCCUGUUGAUGGAAAGCUUCAACCAUGUGUUUUUCUCGAUACACCUGGCCAUGAGGCAUUUGGUGCAAUGAGGGCAAGAGGAGCAAGAGUGACCGACAUUGCUAUUAUCGUGGUGGCUGCUGAUGAUGGUGUCCGCCCUCAAACAAAUGAGGCCAUAGCUCAUGCCAAAGCAGCUGGGGUGCCAAUUGUAAUAGCUAUAAAUAAGAUAGAUAAGGAUGGAGCUAAUCCAGAGCGAGUAAUGCAAGAACUUUCUUCUGCUGGCCUAAUGCCAGAAGACUGGGGUGGUGAUACCCCUAUGGUUCAGAUCAGUGCUCUUAAAGGGGAGAACGUGGAUGAUUUGCUAGAAACUGUCAUGCUUAUUGCUGAGUUGCAAGAGUUGAAGGCCAAUCCUCACAGAAAUGCGAAGGGCACUGUCAUUGAGGCAGGUCUUCAUAAAUCAAAAGGGCCUGUAGCCACAUUUAUUGUGCAGAAGGGUACCCUCAAAAGAGGCAAUGUAGUGGUUUGUGGUGAAGCCUUUGGAAAGGUGCGGGCUUUAUUUGAUGACAGGGGAAGUCAAGUUGCUGAAGCUGGUCCAUCUACAGCUGUGCAGGUCAUUGGCUUGAACAAUGUUCCAAUUGCUGGUGAUGAAUUUGAGGUUGUUGACUCCAUUGACUUUGCACGCGAAAAGGCAGAGGCACGUGCAGAAGCAUUACGGGUUGAGCGGAUAUCUGCAAAGGCUGGGGAAGGGAAGGUCACGCUUUCGUCAAUCGCAUCUGCAGUUUCAGCAGGAAAGCAGUCUGGUUUGGAUAUGCAUCAACUGAAUAUAAUCUUGAAGGUUGAUGUCCAGGGAUCAAUUGAGGCCAUCAGACAAGCCCUUCAAGUCCUCCCUCAGGAAAGUGUCACACUGAAAUUCUUGCUGCAUGCACCAGGGGAUGUAACCACGAGUGAUGUUGAUCUGGCCCUUGCCACUAAGGCUGUUAUAUUUGGGUUCAAUGUCAAAGUGCCAGGUUCAGUAAAGAGCUAUGCAGAUCACAAGGGUGUUGAGAUUAGGACAUAUAGAAUCAUCUAUGAACUUAUCGAUGAGAUGCGGAAUGCCAUGGAGGGACUCCUGGAGCCUGUUGAGGAACAAAUACCAAUAGGAUCUGCAGAUGUCCGAGCUGUAUUUAGUAGUGGCAGUGGGAAGGUUGGUGGAUGCAUGGUGACAGAAGGGAAGGUAGUGAAGGGCUGUGGUGUCCGCAUCAUCCGAAAUGGAAAGACUGUUUACACUGGCAGUCUUGAUUCUUUGAGGCGGGUGAAGGAAAUGGUCAAAGAGGUCAAUGCUGGGCUGGAGUGCGGUAUCGGCGUUGAUGAUUACUCAGACUGGGAAGUUGGUGAUGUUGUUGAGGCCUUUAACACAGUAAAGAAGCAGCGGACGCUUGAAGAAGCAUCUGCUUCGGUGGCAGCUGCAUUGGCCGGAGCGGGAGUCCAGGUGUGAAAUGGGCCUGAAAGACCAUUCCCCAGGUAUGCAUGUUGUGGAUGGAAUUCCAAUAUAUUAUACUCAGUUAUAUCCAUCAUAACCUUUGCAUCUGAAUUUCCCCCCUUUUUGGGGUUCGAUGCGCUUGCCACCUGACCGGAUGCUUGAUUUUUUGGAAUCCAAGAUAUGCUGAUGCUACGCAAGUUGUAACCUAGUGUACAUAAUUCCCAGUUGUCAGCUUAUCUUUGUAAAAAGGGGUAUUUAUUUACUUCUUAAAGAUGCAAUUUAAUCCAAUUCGUAUCAGAUACGAGCAUCAUCACCGCAUAUUUCCAUUUUUGUUUACUUCUGUAUCUGUUGCCAUGAUUGGCUACGUGUGUCAUGAGCUUUGAGCAUUUGAUGUUUAAACAAAGAGAAACUACUGUUACCAUCA